GGAGCCCGGGAAGGAAGGCCUGGCUCCCCUCCUCCUCCUCCUCCUCCUCCUCUCGCUUCGUCGCUUCCGCCACCGCCAUCGUCUCGCCGAAAAAUUGGGGGACGGAGCCGGUGGCCGGGGGAUGAGGAAGGAAGGCCAGACCUAGAAGGGGAGCACCUGUGAGGCAACGCGGGCCCUCACAAACAAGAUGACCUUCCAGUGGACAGCCGUCGCAGGCUUCCUGUAUGCAGAAAUAGUGAUCUUGUUAUUCCUCUGCAUCCCUAUUAUCUCUCCUCUGAGAUGGCAGAAGGUUUUUUCGAUCACUGUGUGGAGUAGACUUGCAAACAUUUGGAACAAGGCAUUCCUUACUAUUAUAGUUCUAUUAAUUGUUUUAUUUCUUGAUGCAGUAAGAGAUGUGAGGAAGUACUCCAGUCUUCAAUCAAGUGAGAAAACGUCACACACCAUGCCCAAUGCAUUUGAUCAUAUUCAAAUGAAACUAUUUAGAGCACAACGGAAUCUUUAUCUCUCAGGAUUCUCACUUUUUCUUUGGCUUGUACUGAGACGUACCAUUUUCCUCAUCACUAUGUUGGCAAAGGAGAUGAGAACCCAGGUGGCUCUAGAAACAGAAGUAGCAAACGCCAGUGAAGUUGCUAAGAAAUACUUGGAAGAGAAUGAAAAACUGCAGAAAGCACUGAAAAAAAAAAGGUAUUGUGACGGUGAAAGUUUGUCUGAUGAAGUAAAUGAAGAACUGAAACAAGAAGUGAAAAUGCUGAGAGCAGAAUUAAAGAAAUAUUCACAUGCUCUCACCAAGAGUGCAGCUGAAAUGACUGCAGUUAAAAAACAAAGUGAAGACCUUAAAAAAGAGUAUGAUAACCUCACAGAAGAACACCAAAAAAUGAAGGGCAGUCUGAAUGAAAAACAUAAGGAAAAAUCCCAAUAAAUGCCUUACAAGGACACUGGCUUUUAAUAGAUGUGCAUCAGUGUGAGUUGUCACUUGUUCCCAGCUUUACACUUCAAAGUUAUGUGGCCGAAAAGGUUGUCUUCUUUCAAGGAAAAUGCUGCAUUCAUAUAGUUGUUGGUUGCCAAAAAUACAUUAUUUUGCAAUGAAACCAGUACCAAAAAUAUGAAAUCUACUUUAGUCAUGGCUGAGGGCAGGGAAUUGUUUUCUCUUCUUGGUUUUAAAAAUGCCUAUGGCAUAUCACACAUUGCAUGGCAUGCAGCAGACUUCUGGCUUAUCACAAAUUGCAUCUAGUUACAAAAGAGAUUUGAUUUACAAAUGUUGUUCAAAAAAGUCCACACCUCACUUGGGUGAACAGAAACAUCUGUGUCAUUAUUUGGAUCCAUACCAGUAAGUGAAGUAUCAGAAGUCCACUGCAAUAUAUCUUUUAUUGCUGCAAGACACAUAAUAAAUCAGUUUGAAAUAGAAAUUGUUAAAGUAACCAUUCAUUUCCUAUCCACCACUGAAACAAAAAAAGGAUGAUAAUUCUACGCCAACUAUUGAUUAUGUUAUAGACCUUACAGGUUACAUCAAACUAUGAAAUUAUAGUCAACCAAUCCAUUAGUGUUCAUCAGGAAUCAAACCUGGCUGCUAGAUGAGUAAACAUAGUUGAGCAUGGCGUUUCCAUAUGGAUAAAUAAUCUGACAAUCAAUAAAAGUAUUAAAAUAGAGUUUAUGGGCACUGGUUUAAAUCCAGUUGCUAGACCCACCUAGAGCAGACUACUCUCUUUAAACUGAAAACUAGCUUUAAGUUCACACAUCUGGUUGCAUAGAUGAGUAUAGUUUUGUGUGUUCUUCUCAGUUUAAAUGUUCAUUAUACCUCAUAUUUUUGUUUACGUGCAUUAAAAACUUCCCUGUGUCAUUGUAUUUUCUUUAUAUAAUGGAUGAUACUUGCAAAAACAUUUGUAUACAACUUACAAAGUAGGAUGCUUGUAAUAUCCUGCUUUGUAAGUUAUAUACAAGCGUUAUACAGCAUUAUAUUAGAUUAAAUCCAAACACACCCUUCAUGAACAGAGAAGGAAUAAGAAUUCAGAAAGGGUUUCCUAGUGGAGAUAGAGGACAAGGCAGUGAUUUUGGCGCAUUCCCUUUCCCUCCCUCCCCACCGUGUUCUGGAGGCCCUUAAAAUCCCCUUAAAAUCUACAUUAUUUGCUGCUGAAAGAUUAUCUUUUUUGUGCAUUUUAUUUGGAUGUUCAUUUGUUAAUAAAAAUACUGUUUAAGCUUUGUUUGACUUACAUGUAUGACUGCCAAAAAUGGGAUUUUAAAUUCCAAUGGCUGUUUUUCUUUUGUUCAUGCAACACUGAAAUAUUAACACUGGAAUUUGAGGAUGGGGGCAUAAAACUAGCUUGAUACAAAGUUUGGGUUAAUUCAUCUGCCAAUAUUCGUUAUGUAAGUUUUAAAAUAAAAAUGAACAUAUUUGGAAUUCAGUUUCUGUAUACUGAUACUUAAAGUGCCUUGCAUAUCCAGAAUUUCAUGCUUCUGGAUUUAUUAGGGAAAAUACUUAUAUCAGUGAAUUCAAGAUUUUGGGGUUUUGGUUAAUUGAAAUUUUCAUUGAUAAAUUCUUGAAAACCUACACCCAGAUGUUUGCUGUUUUCAUACUAGGUAACACACAAAUAAACUGGUCUUACAUGCUUUGGCAGUUAUACUAAGCAUUACCUUUAUAGAGGACAGGCACUCAGCAUUCUAGUUUGAAUUGAGUAUAAACUCAUUGAAAUAAUUCAGAUUUAGUUGUAAUUACAAAACUGCCUUGGGUAUAAUUAUGUCUAAAUUGAGCCCUUGCAUUCAUCUGGCAUUUGAAUGAUUUGUUUUAAAAUACUUAGAAACUAAGAUAAUAUUAAACCACUGUUUAUGAAAAAUGUAAACUACAUGGUCAAUGAUAGGGCAUUUAGCCUACUUGUUGUGACCUUUGCUGUCAAAAACUAGCCCAUUAAAUACAUUGGAGGAAAUUUUCAGCCUAUUUUUUGGUGCUUGCAAAAUGUCAAUAGAUGUUUUAAAUCUUUACAUUAUAGUAUCCAGCUGUGUUUUCUGUAACAUGCACUGGGCUGAAAAUAAGAUGACUGAGGAUCUGAAUAUAAAUGUUCCACCAUCAAUGAAGCCUGCCUGCCUUUCUUGUAUCAAUCCCAAGUUUACCCAUUAAAACUGGAUGUUAAAA